AUGGCGCUGUCCCAGCCCGGGCCGCCCGAGCCCGAGGAGCCGUCAGCGCACAGCGGGCAGCAGCCGCAGGAGUCGCUCCCGUCGGGCCCCGCCGAGCCUCCUUCGUCCCUGCAGGAGUCCCCAUCAUCGGGCCCCGCGGACCCUCCUUCAUCCCUACAGGAGUCCCCAUCAUCGGGCCCCGCGAAGCCCCCUUCGCCCCCGCAGGAGUCCCAAACAUCGGGCCCCACCGAGCCCCCUUCAUCCCUGCAGGAGUCCCCACUAUCGGGCCCCACCGAGCCCCCUUCGCCCCCGCAGGAGUCCCAAACAUCGGGCCCCACCGAGCCCCCUUCAUCCCUGCCGGAGUCCCCAUUAUCGGGCCCCGCCGAGCCCCCCGAGCCCCCGCGGGAGUCGCUCCCGUCAGGCCCCGCCGAGCCCCGGCCGAUCGCGGCCCCGGGCCCGGCCCGGCAGCUGCGGGUGCUGCUGACGCCGCUGCCCGCAUCGGCCUGGCCGCGGCCCCAGAAGCGGCUGCCGAGCCCCCGCGGCCCGGCCGGCAAGAGGCUGCGCCCGGAGCCCGACAGCGGCCCCAGAGCCCCCCCCGGCUCCCCGCCCGGCCCCAGCUCGGCUGCCCGCGGCCAGGACGGGCUGUGGGAUGCGGACAGCGACGGCAGCGACGGGGGAGAUGCGGCCCCGGAUGGAUACUCCCACCUAUCAGCCUAUGAAAGGAAAAGACUCAAGAACAUUACAGAAAAUGCUAAAUUCUUUGCUGCUCUAAAGCUGCAUGAGUCAGCUGCAAGACUUGAACAACUUACAACUAAAAGGCGAUCUUAUGUCACUAAACGGGCCAAGCCUAAAAAGGUGGAGGACGAGCCGGCCCGGCGGCGAUCCAGGCGCCUGCUCCGGGUGGAGCCGCUGGACAUUCCCCUGCUGGAGACAUUCGCCCAGCCAGCAGCAGAGGAAUAUCCUCAGGUUCCAGUCGGACCUUUGCCCAUGGUUCCAGAGGAUCAGGCAGAGAACAGUAAAUGGACAGAGGCCUUGCUGGGCACGUGGAUGAGGAUAAGUGAGCUGAAAGCAGAAUGUGCUGACCGGGGCACACCUGACAUAAAGAGGUACCAGGAGAGCCUGAGCAGCAUGGUGCUGAGCGAGGAGAACAUCAGGAAGGUGGUGAAAGCCCGGGUGUGUUCCAUGGCCAUCCACCCUUCUGAAAGCACCAUCCUUGUGGCAGCUGGAGACAAGUUGGGGCACAUCGGCCUCUGGAAUGUGAGCUGCAGGACUGAGGAAGGACACCACAUGUUCAUCCCUCACAGCUUCCAGGUCAACUGCAUGCACUUCUCUCCCUGCAACCCUGCUCACUUGCUGUCCCUCAGCAAUGACACUCUGCGUUGUGGCGAUGUCACCAGGGCUGUCUUUGAUGAGAUCUGCAGGAGUGAGGAGAGCUUCUCGUGCUUCGACUUCCUGGAAGAGCACGCCUGCAGUGCCCUAGUGAGCCACUGGGGCGGGGAGGUGGCUGUGGUGGACACCCGCACCCCGGGGGCAUCCUCGGAGCUCUCUGCGGACAUCGGCUUGGGGAGGACACGGACAGUCCACGUGCACCCCGUCAACAAACACUAUUUCCUGGCUGCUGGCUUGCUGGACGUUUGUGUUUUCGAUGUUCGGUACCUGAAGGCCAAGGGGAACAAGCCCCUGAGCUCUCUCACAGGACACACCAAAAGCGUGGCCUCAGCCUAUUUCUCACCUGUCACUGGGAGCAGGGUGGUCACGGUGUGUGCUGAUGACAAGCUGAGGGUCUACGACACCACAUCCCUGUCACCCACUGCCAAACUGCUCAGCUCCAUCAGACACAACAACAACACGGGCCGCUGGCUGACGCGCUUCAGGGCCAUCUGGGACCCCAAGCAGGAGCACUGCUUCCUGGUGGGCAGCAUGGCACAGCCCAGGCAGAUCCAGGUCUUCCAGGACACCGGGAAAUUGCUGCACUCCUUCUGCAACGUGGACUGCCUCGCCUCCGUGUGCUCCAUCAACGUCGUGCACCCCAGCCAGAACAUCCUGGUGGGAGGCAACUCCAGCGGCCGCCUUCACGUGUUCAAAUAGAAGUGCCUUAGAUCUUCAUUCCCUCCUUUCUGCAUCGACUUUGUUCAUUCCGUAUUCAGCAGUUCCCAAGCUGACUGUUGUUUCUCAGGACAGAAAUGUA